GACACUCGCCGCUCCUCCGUCUCCAACACCUCAACUAACUAGCAGACGCGCACGCUAAACUCAGCAAAUACAUGAUGUACUUUUCCAAAGCCCUCCUCGCAUCCCUCCUCGCGGGCGCGGCCCUCGCUGCCGCGGAGAGCCAUACGGUCAAGUUCACGAACAACUGCGGCACCGGCACGCCCAAGCUGUACAACCAGACCGGCAAACUCCUGCACUCGGGCGGGGGCGCGUACAAGCACAACGGGCCGCUGGUGGGCGCGAUCGCGUACCUCCAAACCGGCCCCUGCGGCGCGAACGGCGACAACUGCCCCCUCCUGGAGACGACGCUCCGUAAUCCGACGUCGCCGGGCGCGGGCUCGAGCACGGAUAUCUCGCUGAUUCCGCCCCACGCCUUCACCAAGGGCAUCCGCUUCGCGUACUACAACGGCUGCGACGGGAAGGGCAAGACGUGCAAGAGCGCCAACUGCAAGGGCGCGUUCCACAAGCCGGACGAUUAUGGAGCACAGGUGCAGUGCGAGAAGAAUGGCGUGGAUCUGCAUGUUAUCUUUUGUCCGGCCUGAGGGGGUAGAGACGCCCUGAGGGGGGAGAGACGCCCUGAGGGGGGAGAUCUAGAGACGCGGGUGGGGUUUUCCAGCGCAAAGAGGAUACUAUCGUCGGUUGCUUCGAGUCGCUUCGCUAAUCUUGCUGUACCGUACUCCGUGUGCUAUCACUCCGUUCACGUUCCCAG